AUACGCUGGUUCUUUUUUUUGCUUUAAAAAAAAUGCAAUCUUGGCUCAUUUUACUUCGUUGCAAAGAAAGCCCAGUUUUCAGACCCCUGGUUUCUCUGUGCAUUUACAUACAAAAUACCACCUUUCUUCAUGCGCUCGCUCUUCUUGUCUGAUCAGAUUUUCUGGGUUUUGCUUCUUGUGAUCUUCUCUAGAGAGGCUUAGUUAGGGUUCAAGAACUUGGUCAGAUUCAGGGUGUCUUUUUGCCAUCUGUUCAAGUUGCAGGCAAAAUGGAAGGAGGGGUUCCCUCUUUGAAUAGGCGAGUUUGGCUUAACAAUGACGUAGUUGAUAUAGUCUUCUCAUGGUCUCUUGAAGAUAUUUUCAAUGAAGACCUCUACAGAGACCAGGUGGAGAAGAUACCAGAAAGAUUCUGUUCGUGGGAGCAUUAUCUAGGUUGCUUUACAUUUCCUCUGCUGGAAGAAACUCGUGAGGUUGUGGCUUCUUCUAUGGAAGCAAUGGAUAAGGCACCAUUUGCUGAAGUCACCUCCUUUGAAGAGACAAAAGGACAUGGGAAUGGUGUUCAUUACAAUGUCAAAGUUGACUUUUGGAAGAGAAGAGUUAGUGAUGAUGGGGAGCACUAUAGAACAUUACCCGGAGACUUAUUGGUAGUCUCUGAUAAUAAACCCGAAACUGUUUCUGAUUUGAAUCGUGCGGGGUGGAAUUGGUCAUUUGCUUUGGUUGUUAAUGUGACCGAUGAUGAGAACAAUGAUGGAAGUUCGUCCACAAAUUUUAGAGUGAAAAUGCCUAUUGCUUUUGGAGCCAAGAUUGGAGCCCAUGCUACAAUCUACAUUGUGUUCCUUGAAAACCUCACAACAAGUAAAAGGAUUGGGAGUGCUCUGGGAAUGGCUAGGAAUUUGGACAUUAUUGAUAGCGUUUUGUACACGAGCGAUGAGGUUGAGAAGAAAUGUGAUGUAUGCUCUCAACAUGAUGAAAUAGCAUCAUCUACAGAGAAAAUUGAUGAUAGCUUGUUGUCCAUGCUUAAUGAAUCCCAGGCUAGUGCAGUACUUACUUGUCUUCAAAGGGUGAAAUGCGACCAAUUCUCUCAUGUUGAUCUUAUAUGGGGCCCUCCCGGUACUGGGAAGACAAGUACUAUUAGCAUACUUCUGUUUAUGCUCUUUAAAAGAAAGUGUAGAACGCUUAUUUGUGCACCUACAAAUGUGGCAAUAACACAAGUUGCUUCUAGGGUGUUAAGGCUGCUUCAGGACUCUUAUAAAGAAGAAUCAUCAAAGGAGAGUCUAUUAUAUCCAUUGGGUGACAUUGUCCUAUUUGGAAACAAGGAUAGGUUGAAGCUGGGUGAAUACAUUGAGGAUAUCUAUCUAGACUAUCGUGUUGAAAGGCUUGCUGAGUGCUUUGGUCCACUAACUGGCUGGAGACACUGCAUUCGUUCUGCAAUUUCUUUUCUUGAAGAUUGUGUUUCUGACCACGAAAUCUUCCUGGAGAAUGAAUUAAUAAAAAUGAGAGCGUUAACUGAGAAUGGUGAAUCUUUGAAGGAAUGCGUAGAACCUAUAUCCUUUGCUGAUUUUUUAAAGUCACGGUUUGAGGGUGUAGUAUCACCUGUCAGAAGAUGCCUGUUUAUAAUGUGCACUCACAUACCAAGGCAUUUCCUUCAAGAACAUAAUUUCCAAGAUAUGGUUUCCCUGAUUUUCAUUCUGGAUUCUAUGAAAGAAACUUUAUAUCAGAAGCAUACAAGAUCUGAUGAAGAGCUGAAGGAAAUCUUUUCACAACCAGUAAACUCGGAAGUUGCAUCCGAGUCAUUUGCAGAUACAUCGUCGUUGGUCUGUUUAAGAAUACAAUGUGUCUCCAUUCUUAAAAUCCUUCUACGUUCUAUUGGAGAACUGGAUAUUCCUAGUUCCUUAUAUGGGGUUUCAAUUAAGGAAUUUUGUUUAAAGACGCCAUCCUUGGUUUUCUGUACCUCUUCGAGUUCUUUUCGGAUGCAUUCAAUUGAAAUGGAACCGUUCAGCUUACUGGUAAUUGAUGAAGCUGCUCAGAUGAGGGAAUGUGAAUCGAUUAUACCACUUCAACUUCCUGAUUUGCAGCAUGCAAUUCUUGUAGGUGAUGAAUGCCAAUUACCUGCAAUUGUUCAUAGCAAAGUGUCUAAUGCAGCUGGGUUUGGAAGAAGCAUGUUUGAAAGACUAAGUUCAUUGGGUCAUCCAAAGCUUAUGCUCGAUGUGCAGUACCGAAUGCAUCCAGCUAUAAGCCGCUUCCCGAAUUCGAGCUUCUAUCAUAAUCAACUCCUAGAUGCUCCAAAUGUGCAGUGUAAAACCUACGAGAGGCAGUAUCUUCAGGGCAAAAUGUUUGGUCCAUAUUCUUUUAUAAAUGUCCCUAGCGGAAAGGAAGAAGUGGAUGAUGUCGGGCACAGCAGAAGGAAUAUGGUUGAAGUUGCUUUAGUAAUGAAGAUAGUGCAGAACUUGUUCAAAUUUUGGCGUAACACAAAGACUAAACUAAGCAUUGGUGUUAUAUCACCCUAUGCUGCGCAAGUUAUUGCCAUAAGAGAUAAAAUUGGCAAAAGGUACGACAACCUUGAUGGCUUCGCAGUUAAUGUAAAGUCUGUUGAUGGUUUCCAAGGUGGAGAAGAAGACGUAAUAAUAUUAUCAACUGUGAGAUCUAAUCGUGCUGGCACUAUUGGUUUUAUGAGUAGUUUGCAAAGAACCAAUGUUGCAUUGACCAGGGCCCGGCACUGUUUAUGGAUAUUGGGAAAUGAAAGGACGUUGGUUGAUAGCAGUUCUGUUUGGGAAGCAUUAGUUCUAGAUGCAAAGAAACGGCAAUGCGUCUUCUCUGCUGCAGAUGAUUGUGAUCUUUCGAGAACUAUUUUGGAUGUCAAGAAAGAAUUGGAUCAACUUGAUGACCUCCUUAAUGCAGACAGCAUCUUAUUCAAAAAUCAAAGAUGGAAUGUCUUGCUGAGUGACAAUUUCAAAAGAUCAUAUAGAGGCUUGGGGUCAUCCCAUUUGAAAAAGUCAGUGCUUAAUCUUUUACUUAAGCUGGCCGGGGGAUGGAGACCGAAGAGAAAAGGGGUGGAUUCGGUGUGUGAAAGUUCAUCACAGAUUGUGAAACAGUUUAAGGUUGAAGGGCUAUUUAUAGUCUGCACAAUUGACAUUCAGAAAGAGUUUAAAUACACCCAAAUUUUGAGGGCUUGGGAUUUAUUGCCUCUUGAUGAGGUUGGAAAGUUGUUGAGACGACUUGAUAGCAUAUUCGCCAUGUAUACAGAUGAUUUUAUCAAUUUGUGCACGCAGAAGUCCCUCGAAGGGGACUUGGAAGUUCCAAAAGUUUGGUCAGCUUCUCAAGAUCUGGUAAGGUUCAAGAGUCUUAGUGAGAGAUCAGUUGAUAACUCGAAUGACGGUGUGGUAGAGGGUAGAAGUUACAUUGAAAAUUCAAGAAAGUUGAUAUCCCUUUUGAAGUCACGGAUGAGGAAAAGGAGAUUAUUAAAUCGGGCAGGAGUAGUUUCAUACUGGGCCGAUCAGGCACUGGUAAAACUACAGUUUUGACCAUGAAGUUAUUUCAAAAGGAACAACAACACCAUCUGGCCUUGGGAGGCAUCAGAGAAGUGGAGACAAAUGAGAUCAACAAGCAUGCUGGUGAAAGUAGCUUUGCAAGUUCUGAGAUUGCAACCACUUCUCAAUCCGA